AUGCGUACAUCCUUUGCCGCUCUUCUCUUCGUCGCCUCGGCGCUGGCUUCUCCAGAGCCACAGCAGACUGCCAGUGGCAGUCUGACCGAUCCAGAUGCUGACGCAUCUGCCGCCGCCUAUGCCUCUUCACUGGUGGCAGCGAUACCCAGCUCUGUUCUGACAGUCAUAGAGACGGCUAUCCCCGCCUCGUGGCAGGACGAAGUCAUCACGGAUCCUUCAUUCCGUUCAUCUGUUGCAAGUGCCGCUGCGGCGGGAACUUACCCAGCUUGGUACAAUGAACUGCCCAAUAGCGUCAAAGCCUGGGCCUCCUCGAAUUUCGAUGCACAGAUUCUGGGCAUUGCUACCACCACACAAGACGUUGCUUCCGAAACUGCUUCUACCGCCACUUCAGGUGCCCCAUCGGUUACGAAUGCGGCGCAAAACACUUCAUCUGGCUCCUCUUCUGCUGCUUCGUCUGGCUCCUCUUCUGCUGCUUCCUCUGGCUCCGGCUCCGGCUCCACGUCCGCCUCUGCUUCUGCUUCGCCUGCGAAGUCAACUGGAGGUGCCCCUGCACCUACUAGCGGUGUUGCCUUGGGCAUUGCCGGUGCAGCCGGUGCUCUUGCUCUUGCUCUCGCCCUAUAA